UUGUGCUUAUUACUAUAAAAAAGAUGGAAAAUGUGAAGAAUGUCAAAUUGGAACUGUACGAUUAAGUGGUGAGAAUGAAUAUUAUUGUAAACCAUGUAUGAGUGGAUUUUAUGGGCAUAGAUGCACAAAGAGCUGUGAAUGUUUAAAAAAUGAAAGAUGUGAGUCGUCACAAGGAUGUGUUCCAAAUGGUGGUGAUGAGUAUAAACAUACCACAAGAAGAAAUAUCCUGUCUACUACAGAUGAUAUGAAUUCGAAAGAUUCAACAAUUGGAGGAACCACAUUCUUAUAUAAAGAAAUUUUAAUGAUUACAAUACCGUGUGUUGUAAUAGCUUUAGUCAUUGCUAUUGUCACAAAACGUGCACAUCAUCACUGUAAAAUAUUUGAAGUGAGCAGCAUAGCUGAAAACAGCCAAACUCUGCACGUUGAAGCCAAUGAAACAGGAAUUGAUAAUGACAUUGAAGUAUCUGAAAAUAUAACGGAUUUUUCAGCAAAAGAUUCUUGGUCUUCGUUUGACAGUAUAAUAUCAGAAUCUGACGGCUGUCUUCCCGUAGAAAUCGGAGUAAUUCAAACCUGUAAUUACUCAAUUGAGGACAUUUAUCAAAAUUAAGUUUAAGACAUUGAAUCGAUGAUCUGAAGACUUUAUUAUGUGUAAUCAGAUUAAGAACUUAAAUAUAGGAUUUUGAAAUAUAUUC